CUACUUGCAGGCUGAAUAAGGACUAAGAAUGUUACUUGCAGGUUGAAUAAGGACUAAGAAUUGGGUAGUAUCACGCACAAAGAAAAAAAAGGUUCAUCAACGCAUGCGGAUCUCAUUUAUAAUAAACACGAUACAAAUAAUGGUGGAAAGAAACCCGCCCCGGUAUAGAAUAUCUUCACGUGACGGGAGCUUAAUUCAAGCCGAACGAUCUCCCAUUUCGUGCUCAACCGAAACGCAGAGUGCAAGCACACAGACAGAGCGGGAGAAGCUAAAAAUGGCGAACGCAAUUCGGUUUUUUGAGUUGAACACCGGCGCCAAGAUUCCUUCCGUCGGCUUGGGCACAUAUCGCGCCGAUACUCAUGUCGUCAGCGACGUCAUCGCCGCCGCAAUUAAGAUUGGGUAUCGUCAUAUUGAUUGUGCUCAGAUGUAUGGAAAUGAGAAGGAGAUUGGUGAUGCUCUGAAAAAGCUGUUUAAUGACGGUGUAGUGAAGCGUGAGGACAUAUGGAUCACCUCCAAACUCUGGUGUAGUGAUCAUGAACCAGAAGAUGUACCAAAGGCAUUUGACAAGACUUUGCAAGACUUGCAACUUGACUAUCUGGAUCUUUAUCUUGUGCACUGGCCAGUGAGCAUGAAGAAAGGGUCAGUUGGCUCUGAUCCUCACAACCUAACCCAACCUAAUAUACCCAGUACAUGGAAAGCAAUGGAGGCACUCUUUGAUUCUGGCAAGGCCAGGGCCAUUGGAGUCUGCAAUUUCUCUUCAAAGAAGCUCGGAGAUCUGUUGGAGGUGGCACGAAUACCUCCUGCAGUUAAUCAAGUGGAAUUGCACCCUCACUGGCAGCAACUAAAGCUGCACGCUUUCUGUAAAUCCAAGGGAAUUCACUUAACUGGAUUUGCACCAUUGGCGAGGAACAAGGUCCUUACGAAUCCUAUUGUGAAUUUGGUGGCAGAAAAAUUGGGCAAGACUACUGCCCAAGUGACUCUUCGGUGGGGGCUGCAAAUGGGCCACAGUCUAGUGCCUAAAAGCACAAAUCCAGAAAGGAUACGGGAAAAUUUUGAUAUUUUCGAUUGGUCUAUACCUGAAGACUUGUUUGCCAAGUUUUCUGAAAUUAAUCAGGAGAGGCUUAUCAAAGGUACUGGUUUCGUGCAUGAGACUCUGGGUGCAUAUAGGACCGUGGAAGAACUAUGGGACGGCGAGUAAUGAGCAGAACCUUGAUGUUAGGAAUGUCUUCAGUAUAGUAAGUCGGGGAGGAUUAUGCUGUACCUGAAGAUAUUGCCGAAGGUCGAAAAUGUUGCAUCUGUUAGGUGUUGAAAUGGUGGAACUGUUCACUGUUGCUUGUUCAAUUUUCUUUCCAAACAUGCUUUUUUUCUCAUGUCUGUACAAUGUUACAGAAACCAACUUGUGGUGGUCCGAUUUCUCUGCCUUGCCUUAACAAUGGCUCGCCUUGCCUUAACAAUGGCUCGCAUAGUCUUUCACAAUCACGUUUGCUCCUUUUGCAAAAAAGGAGCCUAGGGGUGAAAAUCAAGGUGCAAAAAACAUUGGCCAUUUCUAUAGGAAAUUAGGAAUGUAUUCAUGAUUGUUUUGUGACCAAACAGCGAUUUUUCUUCAA